CACGGCAUUUUUUAAGCUUUAUUAUUUCGCAAAUGGCUGAAAAAAACAUCCCGCUGGAAGUAACCCUUGAUACUGAAUCCGACAUCAGCAAAGAUGUAUCCAACAUAGUGUCAGCCAUAGCUGACGAAGAAGCGGUUCUUCCUUCUCCAAUCGAUAUCAACGUAAACAACACCGAACAGCUUGAACUGCCUGCUCUAGAGUGGCAAAACUACGAGCUACUUCCAGUGAAAAUCAAACUGACCAACACCGGUGACACGGUCAUCCUCACUGCCAAGUAUGCGGAUGACGAACACCCUUCGAUAAAAGGAGGCUCCCUGGAUGGUCGGUACGUGUUUGCACAGAUUCACUUCCACUGGGGAAAUACGGCCGCGGAAGGUAGCCUGCAUACAAUCGACGGGGCUCCGCUGCCGUUAGAGAUGCACGUAGUUCACUUCAACAGCCAGUACGAGGCUCUGGAUGAAGCUCUGAAACACGUCGGCGGUGUGCUCUGUCUUGUUUAUUUUUUUGCCCUGAAAUCUUCGCCGAACACGUUUCUUGACCCAGUGCUUUCAAACUUGAAGGAUGUUGCCUUCCCCGAUGUGGUUAUUAAACUGACACCCUUUCCAGUCGUCAAUCUGUUUCACAUAUUCACCAAUGACUAUUUUCUCUACUGGGGAUCGACCAAGUCGGAAUCCAGAAGCCAUCCGAUGUUGUGGAUGAUCUCGCGCACCCAGGAAUGCAUCGAUUUCCAUCAGCUGACUCAGUUUCGGGUACUGCUGGAUCAAAGAAUGCGGGUGAUAUCCAGAGAGCAAACGCCGAUAGCUGACCGGGAGAACCGACAUGUGUUUCACGUGAAUCCCGUAACGCCGUGCUGCAAUUGGACACUAUCCCCCCUGCCUCAUCCAAAGUAUCGGAAGGAUCGCUGGCUAGUGGACAGAAUGGACAUCGAUAUCGGGGCUCCCGGCGGAUGCCGAGAGUUCAUCGAAGCGCUGAGACGGGAGAUGCAGGGUAGGAAAUCGCAAUGUGAGACGACUGAGGAAUAAAACUGUUUCGCUUUAUGUUAAAUCAAUUUAUUCGAAGCUUCAAAUUACGAGAUCCUAGAUAAAAAUGUCACAAAUUCAAAGAUUCUAUAUGAAUUAUACGGAUUUCAAUCAUCAUAUU